AAGAUAAGAAACUCGAGCAAGUGCCCAACCCUCGCGUGGGUGCGCUGGGAGAAUUGAGUGUGUCCUUCAACACUGGUUUUAUCAUAGGAACACUCCGCUCAGGCCAGAAAUGAGACUGGAACCUGAACGCGUUGACUUCGGCUUUAAAUGUUCCUUCCCGGACACCGUCCAACUUCCCAGCACACACAGCGCCGGUCGGGCGAAUGGGACUUCCGGAAAGUCCCGGAAGUCGCUCCUGCCUGUCAGAAGGCGGUGUUCUCUCUGCAGCAGGGAAGCCGGGAAUCCCGCUCGCCGGCGGAGUGGAGCAGGGAGGGCCGGGUCGGGACUGGGGGGCGGGCUGCAGACCUGGGGCGAGGGUGUCCCGAGGCUGCCGCUGUCUGGCCCGGAGGUGGCCAUUCAUUCCUCGAGCGCAGCUGAAGAGUGAGGGCCCCUUCCGUGCCCAGCCCUGAAGGAGCCACCCUGCGCUGACCCGGGGCCGUGCCGGCCUUCUGAGAGCGGAGGGCGACCCUCUUCGGACACCCCGCGGCUCAGGUGACCGCGGCCAUGGCUUUCCCCCACCGGCCGGACGCCCCAGAGCUACCUGACUUCUCCAUGCUCAAGAGGCUGGCCCGGGACCAGCUCAUCUAUCUGCUGGAGCAGCUUCCAGGAAAAAAGGACUUGUUCAUUGAGGCCGAUCUCAUGAGCCCUUUGGAUCGAAUCGCCAGCGUCUCCAUCCUAAAGCAACACGAAGUAGACAAGCUGUACAAGGUGGAGAACAAGCCAGUCCUGAGCUCCAGUGAACAAUUGUGUUUCUUGGUCAGACCCCGCAUCAAGAACAUGCGAUACAUAGCCAAUCUCGUCAAUGCUGACAAGUUGGCCGGCCGAACGCGAAAAUACAAAGUGAUCUUCAGCCCUCAGAAGUUUUAUGCCUGUGAGAUGGUGCUUGAGGAAGAGGGGAUCUAUGGAGGUGAGAGGGAAGGAGACCAGCGUUGGAUCAACACUGUGGCCCAGGCCUUGCACCUCCUCAGCACUCUCUACGGCCCCUUUCCGAACUGCUACGGGAUCGGCAGGUGCGCCAAGAUGUCACAUGAAUUGUGGAGGAACCUGGAGGAGGAGGAGGACAGUGAAACCAAAGGCCGGAAGCCAGAAAUUGGCCACAUCUUCCUCCUGGACAGAGACGUGGACUUUGUGACGGCACUGUGCUCCCAGGUGGUUUACGAGGGCCUGGUGGACGACACGUUCCGCAUUAAGUGUGGGAGCGUGGACUUUGGCCCAGAAGUCACAUCCUCUGACAAGAGCCUGAAGGUGCUGCUCAACGCCGAGGACAAGGUGCGGGCGUGGGUGCCGGCAGUUCCCCACCCCUGGUCUAAAAUGAAGGGAAGUGCUUCUGCCUUGAGGUCGUUGUUCUCCCGGACAAUAGAGGGAUAUCCUUCUGGAACCAGGAACGUGUCAGGUGGCUUUGUCCUCUCUGCAGACAUCGGGGCCUGUGAGUCCAUCAUGAAGAAGAAGACCAAGCAGGACUUCCAGGAGCUGAUCAAGACCGAGCAUGCGCUGCUGGAGGGCUUCAGCAUCCGGGACAGCACCAGCUACAUCGAGGAGCACAUCGACCGGCAGGUGUCGCCUAUAGAAAGCCUUCGCCUCAUGUGCCUCUUGUCCAUCACCGAGAAUGGUUUGAUCCCCAAGGAUUACCGAUCCCUGAAAACACAGUAUCUACAGGUAAGGCCAGAAGAAUGUCUUUUUAAAUGUGUUGAUUUUAUGAGCAAGCUGGUGACAGACAAGGCUGCAGGAAAGAUCACUGAUGCCUUCAGCUCUCUGGCCAAGAGGAGCAAUUUUCGUGCCAUCAGCAAGAAGCUGAAUUUGAUCCCGCGUGUGGAUGGCGAGUACGAUCUGAAGGUGCCACGCGACAUGGCCUAUGUCUUCAGUGGCGCUUAUGUGCCCCUCAGCUGCCGCGUCAUUGAGCAGGUGCUGGAGCGGAGGAGCUGGCAGGGCCUGGACGAGGUGCUGCGGCUGCUCAACUGCAGCGAGCUGGCCUUCACAGGCGGGACCAAGGACGACAAGGCUCCCAGUGAGUCCCUGCGCCUCAUCCUGGUGGUGUUCCUGGGGGGCUGCACCUUCUCCGAGAUCUCAGCCCUGCGGUUCCUGGGCAGAGAGAAAGGGUUCAGGUUCAUUUUCCUUGACGACAGCAGUCCACCAACAGCGCUCGCCCUCAUGGAGCCCAUGAAGUGA